AUGGCUACUGUCCUUGCUGUCCGGAGCGAGGUGACAGGCAAGCGCCCCAUCAAGCUGACCCCGAAGAUGCAGGGAGCUGGGGGUCUUGGUACCCGCUUGAGUGGCGGUGUCAAGAAGCGCAAGGCUGUUGGCGGCCGACUGAUCACGAAAGCGCGCAAGGAUGGCGCUUCUGAGCACGUCGAUGACAACGAUGAUGUCGACGAUGUUGCGGGCAACACCGGCAUUGACAACGCCUCUGCUGCCGCAGCUGACCCGUCUAGCGGUGCUGGUGAUGCCGCUCCCUUGGGGGUUCAAGUCCAUGCUGACGACUUCAGUGAUGAGGAGCAUGAUGAGGAAGAGGAACGCACGAAGCUGCAGACGGAAAAGCAAGUUUUAACCGUAACGCUCAUUUCCUGUGCCGCAGGGGACGGGCGACAGGACACGCUGAACAACAUCACCGAGCGUGAUGGGGCGUCGCUUCCCUCUCAAAGUCCUGCUGGGAGCCCCCUGGAGGGUGUUGCCGCGGCAUCUGACCAGGAUGCUAACGGGCGGCUUGCUGAGUUGGAGCGAACCACGCAGCAGCAGUCACAGCUGAUUUCGUCGCUUUUGUUGCAACUUAACAACGGGUCCUGCUCCCUGGAGAGGGGUGCGGUGGGUCAUGCCUCGGGGUCUCCAAGCACCAAUGGAACGCCGCGAUCAGCACCAACGUCGCAGCAAGCUCAUGUCGCCACACCCGAACGCGAAAUGCUGCAGCGCCCGACAUCCAACCGUGCUUCCCCUGCUGUGCCGCGGAAGCGGAAGUAUCCAACGAUGAAGAACAACGGUAACGUGUGCGACGUAGUCCUGCACACGUCACUCAGCGGUAUCCCGUUGAGGGACCAGAUCCUCAUGCGCCAGUUGCCUUCCUAUGGCAAGGCAUGGAACUCGACUUGUUCUUCUCGCAUGCUGAUUUGCCACGUUUCCAAGUUUCCAAAUCUCCCUAUUCUUUUCCGCAUUCCCAUGUACCAGAAAAAAAUGGAGCUUGCUGUGGUUGUGGCGUUCUUUCGCCAACCGGACGACGUUACGAGCGUGUACCCGUCAGAAAGCGUGGUGAUGCGGUGCCUCAUCGGUGUUUGGGGCGAGAGCAAGGCUGCCGCGCUAGUAGCAGUCAUGACGUACUGCGUGGCGCGGGCAGGCGCUUCAACGCGCAAGCAGAGUGAUUGGCGUGCGCGGAUCUCGAUGAAUGGGCGCCGGAAUUUUGCUGACGCCUAUGGGCUAGUUUGCGAAGCGAAUCCCCGCCUGAAGUUCGAUUACAGCGAGCUGAUUUGUGAUGAGGAGCGCACACCGACCCAAGUAUACAACUUGGAGAGCAAGGGUGGGAUACCACUGGUCAAGCCUCUUGAAAAGGGAGGGCUUCUUAUCUGGCACUUUGCUGAAGGCACGAUGCGCCCGUUUGGCACUGCGCUCUUCGACAUCAUCGUCCGCAACGCAUUUCAGAAGGGUGCUGGCGGGUCGGCUACGGUGGUGAAGGCGUACCACAUCGCCUAUCUGCUGUAUCUGUCCCCCUUUGAGUUCUCACUGGGCGAGUCAGGAGGGAGCCUGCAGCUCGCAGUGAUGAGCGGCACCAUCAAAUGGCCGCACCCGCCGCUCUCCGCCUCCUCCUUUCCAUCCCCUAAUCUCCCCUCUUUUCUCCUUCUCCCCAUUUUCCCCCCUCCCCCACCCCUACCCUUGCUUCCUGCACUCUUUCCCCGGCCCUUUCUCCCCAUUCCCUCCCGCCUUUUUUCUUCUCCUUUCCCGAACCCCAGGUACGGGCAGUCCCGUUUCGAGUUCUCCCUAGGCGAGUCAGGAGGCAUGGUUGAAUAUUCCGUGGUGCACCACAAGGCUCGUGGCAAACGCAUUCCUACGGAUGCGGAUGUGAAUGCAGCUGACAUUGCCUGCUACCACCGCAAGGUGAAGGCGGCCAUUCGCAAGACCCUCGAGGAGUCCCCGGAUGACCAGCUUCCUGCAUGGUCGGAGCAGUAUCAGGGGUGGGUGUUUGGACCCACCGAGACUGUGGUGAUCUCGGGCAGCGGCUUCCCCGACCUCGUUCCCGAUGGGGCUGACCCCGAUGCCGCCGAGAAGAAGGCGGUUGCUCUCCUGUUCGAGUAUGCCCAGGUGGAGCUCGAGAAAGGCAAGAAGAAGAAGACGGGUUCCAACAACAGUGAUGCCACCAUGGAGCGUGAUCUCCUGGAUGAUGUGGGGUACCCCACGUGGAAGGGGCAGAUUCUGGAUGGAGAGCAGCUGUGGGCGCUAAUAGAGGGCUUGGAGGCCAAUGGGCUGCUCUUCUACACGCACCUGCUCACCGGUGGGUUCCAGCUCCUCUCCUUCCAUUCUCUCCCUCACACACUUUCCUUUCCCCCCUCUCUCCCUCUUUCCCUCCCUCCUUCCCUCCCUCUCUCCCUCUUUCCCUCCCUACUUCCCUCCCUCUCUCCCUCCUUUCAUCAGAAGUAUCCUCAAGACUUGGCUAGAGCAGCGGAGCUAGCAGUGGCAUCCCUACAGGCUGUGCUCGCACGAACCUUGCAGCACCGCUCUCCACCUCUGGACGGCACCGAGUCCUCUCCCACUCCCCCCACUCCCAAGCGCCUGGAGCUCUGCCUCGUUCAGAGCCGCGAUGACAUUAUAAGCCCGCCUGUUCGCGUGACGCGGACCGUACUUGUCUCCCGCCGAGUAGCCAUGGAGGACGCAGAGGCGCGCCGCUCUCGCCUGCGCAGCAUGCGCGAGUCCGCGGCGAAGCAGCAGGCGGCGUCCCCCGGCGCGCCCACGCCUUCCGCCGCCCUCUCCGCACUCCCCUCCCCUGACUUCUCUCCGCCGCUUAUCCGCACGCAUCUGCGUGUGCGCCAUCCGGGGAAGGCGGACCUGGGGGAGGUAGAUCUGCUAGACGGCCAGCAGGAGCAGCCACCACAGGCUCGGGGAAUUUCUCACAGGCCUCAUACGCCAUCACUGCAUGUGACAUGCUGCGCGCUGCAGGGCCCAGGAAGGUAUGCGAGGCUACAGGGGAGGAAGAAGAGUGGGCAGGUAGGUCAUCUAAACCUCAUGGGGGUUGGGGCGGUGGCAUCUCUACAGCAGAGCUGGCAGUGGCACUGGGCUGUCCAUGGCUUUGAGGCAAGCUAUAUCAGCAGAGUUGGCAUUGGCAACCCGUGGCAUUGCAACCUUCCUGACCUGAUUGCUCCUCUCCUCCCAUUCUUUCUCCCUACAGGCUGUGCUCGCACGAACCUUGCAGCACCGCUCUCCACCUCUGGACGGCACCGAGUCCUCUCCCACUCCCCCCACUCCCAAGCGCCUGGAGCUCUGCCUCGUUCAGAGCCGUGA